CAAAUUCCCCAAUGCCUCGAUGGAAAGUGUUCUUGAGCCAGUACCUGCGAUGGUCCAGCACAGUCACUCAAGCCUUCGCCCUGUCCAUCAUCACAUUUUGUGUCAUAUUUCCUCUGUGCUGCCAUCGUCUGCUGUACUCUUACUACUUCAUUAAGUCCAUGUACCUCGAUUCUAUGAGUGAAGUGGUGCUGCGGGAAAGCCUAGAUCGAGGUCAGGAGGCUCUGCACUUCUGGCAGAGCUCUUCAACUACAGCAACGUCCAGAUUCAACAACUUCACUCAACAUCCUGAACUGCUGGUCACUGUGGUAACAGCCAGGCGGAAGGAGGCACGGGACUACCACUACCUGCUCCAGGUAAUGCUGCAGCUGAGUAACAUUGUGGGAAGCUGUGGGGAGCAGAAGUGCGCGGAGGUGCUGGUCUGUGACGUGGAGAGUGGCCCGCAGGAAAACCAAGAUGCCAAGGUGCUGGAGAGCCACUUCAGGGUGGUCCGGCGUUCACCUCAGGAGCAGCAGAGCAUACAGGAGCGAAUUAAUACCUUUGAAAAGGAGAAGAGGGAUUAUGUCUUUUGUCUCCGCAGAGGCUGGGAGCUGGUGAAGCCUAAAAAUAUUGUUGUUCUAGAAGAUGAUGCUUUGCCAAGAAAUGACUUUUUCAUUGUUAUAAAGGAUUUGUUGUCACGUAGGUUUGCUCUUCACACUCUUUACAUCAAGCUAUAUCAUCCUGAAAGGCUACAACGCUACUGGAACCCUGAGCCAUACCGCAUUCUGGAGUGGGUGGGGCUCGGAUUGGUUGGCGCAACGGCUCUCCUCCUCAGCUUUCCUUACUGGAACCCUUGUUCUUUCUCGUUCACCCUGUCCGCUACCCAUCUCCUCUUUUUCACUCUGUACUUUAUGACCGUUGCAGAGUUGUUGGGGCGGCAUUACCUUCUAGAAGUCCGGAGAAUUUCCCCACAGCUGUAUGCCGUCUCGCCAGCUACCGAGUGCUGCACCCCAGCCAUGUUGUUCCCUGGCAAUGCCUCAUUAAGGGUGGCUGAGUAUCUAGACAGUUCAUUCUGCUACAAAGGGCAUGCUAAAGACAUUGUUCUGUAUCAAAUGGCCAGGACAGUCCCUGGGCAGAGGUCCCAUAGUGUAGAACCCAACCUCAUCAGUCACAUUGGGGCUUAUUCCUCAGUCAGAGCUAACCCAUCCAGGCCCAAGCUCCUCUAACAGAAGAAGAAGAACUUUUGACUGCAAGGUUCACUUUAAUCUCGUUUCUCCUUCCUGGGUUUUGCUUUUUUACCAUCUUCUAGACUCUUUAGAAAUCUUAACAAAUUACUCAGUGAAUGUUGGUUUGGUGAUUUGCAUUGAAAACUAUCAAGGGAUGAGAUCGAUAUAUUAGUAGAUGUCUACGUUCCAGCUUGUAGACGCACAUGUGUUUUGUGUAAAAGGUGGUGAUGGUUUUUCUUCAGAAGAGGUUGAAAACCACACAAACUAAUGCAGGAAAAUAGCAUGUCCUAAAUUAUUUUAUAUAGAAAUGUUAGAUGGCAGAAAAUGUUAUUUUGACCCAUACCUUGAAAGCCUCUGCCACUUCUUUAUUGCCAAAUCAUCUAACCCACUCUCACUGAGCUGUGUGGGACCCUUCUGGAAAAAACAAUGUAAACGGUUCUCUUCUUUGUUUACCUUUUUUAAAAAAAGAAGCCAGAUGCUGCCAGAAUGCCUCAUUGUUUUUCCUUUGUCUGUCCUUUGACUGUUAAAGGAUUUAUUCGGUUUUUAUAUACAAUAAUCACAGUAAAAUAAAAUGUAACUCCUUAGAGUAAGGAGAGACCAAUU